UUUGAAAUAAAUUAGUGUUUUGAAAAAUUUUCUUGAUUUACUUUGUACAAAAUGCAGGAGACGUCGUUUUGUUUUCUUUCAGCCAAAUAAGUGCCCCACGGUUUAAUAUUUCUCAAAGUAGUAGCUAAAGUUUUUAUUGGUUUUUUGACUAUAUAACAAUACUGCUGCAGGAAGUCACAUGGCUCAGUUUGUAGAAUUUUUUAAAAAUGUUUUCUCAUGGCUAAGCCAAGACUUGGAGGAGAGUAUGAAAACUCUUCAUAGAAAAAUAUUAUCGCUGGAAGUUCUGAAAGAUGAUGUGCACAAAGCAUAUAAUCAUGGAAAAAAACGCAAGAGAAAUGUUGAAAAAUGGUUGAUUGAUGUUGGAAACAAUAUAUCAGAAUCUAAAGCUCUUGAGCUAUAUUUUCCUAAAGAGCUUUUUCUUGAGGUUUAUGAGAGCAUUGACAUCUGGAUGUCAUUAAUGGAUGACAAUGUCUUAAGCAUUGGAAUUUACGGAAUGGGUGGAAUAGGUAAGACAACUUUGGCUAUGCAUGUCCAUAAUAAGCUUUUAAAGGAAUCCACAUUGUUGGGUCAUGUUUAUUGGGUCACAGUUUCUCGAGAGUUCAGCAUUUACAAGUUGCAAAAUGACAUUGCCCAUGUCUUGAAACUAUAUUUCUCAUGUGAGAAUGACGAGAGGAGAAGGGCAGCUGAACUCUUCCAAGCAUUCAAGGAGAGGGGGAGAUUUGUACUUAUAUUAGAUGAUGUCUGGAAUCAAAUUGACGCAGAGGAGAUUGGUAUUCCUUUAGGAAUGAAUGGAUGCAAGUUGGUCAUAACGAGUCGUUCUAGUGAAGUUUGUCAUUGGAUAGGUUGUCAGAAGAUUAUAAAAGUGAACACACUUUCUGAACAAGAAGCUUGGGAAUUAUUCUUGAAGAAACUUGGCAGAGUUGAACUUCAUCCGCGAGUAGAAGGGAUUUGCAAGAAAAUGGUAAAAAGAUGUGGUGGUUUGCCACUUGCACUUGUCACAUUGGCUGGAAGCAUGAGGAGGGUUAGUGACAUUCAUGAAUGGAGAGAUGCAUCCGAAGGACUGGCAGAAUCAUGUAUGGGACGAGCCGGAAUGGAAUAUGUGGUUCUGCCAAUACUCUUAUAUAGUUAUGAUCGAUUAAGAGAUACAAUGCUAAAAGGUUGUUUCUUGCAUUGCUCCCUGUAUCCCGAAAACUGUCAUAUUCCAAGAGAUGAAUUGAUUGAGAAUUUCAUUUCAGAACAGCUGGUGGAGAGAAGUUAUAGAAGCUUUAGAGCCGAGAUUGACCAAGGUCAUGCAAUACUGAACCAAUUGGAGAGAGUCUGCUUACUGGAAAAGACUUCAAAUGGUACAGAUGUGAAGAUGCAUGUUUUGAUUAGAGACAUGGCAAUAGAGAUCGCUAAAGAGAACCCUAGAUACAUGGUAAAAGCUGGAAUUCACUUAAGGGAAAUACCAGAUGAGCAAGAGUGGACAGAAGAUUUGGAUAAGGUUUCCUUGAUGGAUAACACUAUAAUGGAAAUUUCACCUGGCACGUCGCCCAAGUGUCCUCGACUUUCAACAUUAAUUUUGAGUGGCAAUCCUUUGAAGAGGAUUCCAGAUCCUUUCUUUGUGCACAUGUGUCAUCUACGCACUAUCAAUUUAAGUCUCACUAAAAUUCAGAGCUUGCCAAAUUCUAUUUCAGACUUGGAGGAUCUUAGAACAUUAAAGCUGAAAUUUUGUAAUGAACUGGAAUCGAUGCCAUCCUUGGAAAAACUCAAGGAAUUGAGACAUUUGGACCUCACGAUAGGUAAGACAACUUUGGCAAUGCAUGUCCAUAAUAAGCUUUUAAAGGAAUCCACAUUCUUGGGUCAUGUUUAUUGGGUCACAGUUUCUCAAGAGUUCAGCAUUUACAAGUUGCAGAAUGAUAUUGCCCAUGUCUUGAAACUAUAUUUCUCAUGUGAGAAUGACGAGAGGAGAAGGGCAGCUGAACUCUUCCAAGCAUUCAAGGAGAGGGGGAGAUUUGUACUUAUAUUAGAUGAUGUCUGGAAUCAAAUUGACGCAGAGGAGAUUGGUAUUCCUUUAGGAAUGAAUGGAUGCAAGUUGGUCAUAACAAGUCGUUCUAGCGAAGUUUGUCAUUGGAUAGGUUGUCAGAAGAUUAUAAAAGUGAACACACUUUCCGAACAAGAAGCUUGGGAAUUAUUCUUGAAGAAACUUGGCAGAGUUGAACUUCAUCCACGAGUAGAAGGGAUUUGCAAGAAAAUGGUAAAAAGAUGUGGUGGUUUGCCACUUGCACUUGUCACAUUGGCUGGAAGCAUGAGGAGGGUUAGUGACAUUCAUGAAUGGAGAGAUGCAUCCGAAGGACUGGCAGAAUCAUGUAUGGGACGAGCCGGAAUGGAAUAUGUGGUUCUGCCAAUACUCUUAUAUAGUUAUGAUCGAUUAAGAGAUACAAUGCUAAAAGGUUGUUUCUUGCAUUGCUCCCUGUAUCCCGAAAACUGUCAUAUUCCAAGAGACGAAUUGAUUGAGAAUUUCAUUUCAGAACAGCUGGUGGAGAGAAGUUAUAGAAGCUUUAGAGCCGAGAUUGACCAAGGUCAUGCAAUACUGAACCAAUUGGAGAGAGUCUGCUUACUGGAAAAGACUUCAAAUGGUACAGAUGUGAAGAUGCAUGUUUUGAUUAGAGACAUGGCAAUAGAGAUCGCUAAAGAGAACCCUAGAUACAUGGUAAAAGCUGGAAUUCACUUAAGGGAAAUACCAGAUGAGCAAGAGUGGACAGAAGAUUUGGAUAAGGUUUCCUUGAUGGAUAACACUAUAAUGGAAAUUUCACCUGGCACGUCGCCCAAGUGUCCUCGACUUUCAACAUUAAUUUUGAGUGGCAAUCCUUUGAAGAGGAUUCCAGAUCCUUUCUUUGUGCACAUGUGUCAUCUACGCACUAUCAAUUUAAGCCUCACUAAAAUUCAGAGCUUGCCAAAUUCUAUUUCAGACUUAGAGGAUCUUAGAACAUUAAAGCUGAAAUUUUGUAAUGAACUUGAAUCGAUGCCAUCCUUGGAAAAACUCAAGGAAUUGAGACAUUUGGACCUCACGGGUACUAGUAUUAAGGAAGUACCUAAAGGUAUGGAUAGCUUAACCAACCUCAGAUUCCUGUAUUUGAGAUGUUCUAAAUUAAAGGUGUUACCGACAGAGAUUUUGCAUAGACUCUCACGUCUUAAGUUGCUCUCAUUGCCAAUUCAUAUAUGUGUACCAAUAGAAAAAGUUGAGGCAUUGAAAAAGUUGGAAGUAUUAGAAGGUAGAUUAAAUAGCGCACGUGAUCUCAAUCGAUUACUAAAGUCUCGACAACGUGACAAGCGACUCAGUUUCUACAGAUUGUCUUUAAGCUCAAAAAGGUAUAGAGAUUUUGAUGAUGUUCAUAUACUAAGCUGUAAACGGGCACAGUUUGAAGAUGGCAGUCUCAUGGAGUCCUCUUCACGCAAAGAUGGGAAUUUGCUUCCACGAGAUAUUCAAGAACUAAUAUUUGAUAAUAGUGGCUUGAGUUGUUGCUUAAUGGAUGAUUUCCCAAUUUUGAAUAAUGCUAGAGACUUAAAGUCCUGCAUCAUAGAAGAUGAGGAUAAAUUAGAGUGCAUUAUGAGGUUAUCGUCUGCAAAUGAUCAACAAUCUAGUGGCGCCCCAUUCCAAAGCCUUGAAAUUUUGAAACUUGGGAACUUGCGAAAUUUUAUUGGACUUUUCAUGUGGGAAGCAGCUGCACCUCUUUCACCUUUCACAUUUUCCUGGCUCAAAAAGUUCAAGAUUGGACAUUGUUGUAAAGUGAAGAAGCUUUUCCCUCAGAGUUUGAUACAUAAUUUUCGUAACCUCGAAGAGUUGAUGGUCUUUAACUGUGUACAAAUGGAGGAGAUAAUAGAAGGUGACAAGAAUGAAGGAGGAAACAGUAUUAGUGCUGAUAUCACAUUUCCAAGGUUACUUAUUUUGCAUCUUAGGAAUCUGCCACAACUGAAGAGCAUCUGCAAGGGGUUGAUUAUUUGUGAUUCCAUUCGGCACAUUUUUUUGGAGGGCAUUAAAAAGAUAAAGAAAGUGCCUUUAUAUCUGCAGCUUCUCAAUGGACAACCAUCUCCGCCGCCAUCUCUUAUAUUAAUUUGGAUAUGUAGAGAAGACAAAGAAUGGUGGGAAUCAUUGGAUUGGGACCAUCAAAAUGCCAACAGCGUCCUUGAACGCUUGGUAAGAUACUUUGAUGGGCAGUGGUGGAUGGCCCAGGAUCAGCCUUCUAAUACUGGCUCUGGCCCUGUUGAUAACUGAAGAAGUUGUUUGAUUAAAUUCAUCCACUCAGGGUUUUACAAGAAUGCUUAGCUAAUAUGGUUGGCUGGGAUUCAAGACAAUAUCUAAGCUGGAGUUUGAUCAACGUGUUGCAGCACUUUUUAGGCAUUUCAUGGCGAUCCAAUUCGGUUUCUGAAGGUUGUCUUCUAGGUGUAUUAAUAUCUUAUUUGAUAAUGCAUACACUUCCGUAAUAAACAAUAUGUUUUGGAUAGUAUGUGUAUUAUAUUUUAUAAUUUUAUGAAACGUACAGUAUAUCGGACUUGAGAAUAUCCA